AUGCCAGAGGCUGUGCUGAGCGGGUCGAGCAUGCAAGAGAGUCAGUGGAGCGAGUCAUGCUUGAAGCUGCGGUCGAACGGCACCUGGGUGAUUAAAGAGUCCGCCGGCUACGAGGACUCCCACGCCAGAGGCAACUCAGAAGCUUCUGGAGGCGGCACCUGGGCCGUGAGCGCGGACGGGACCUGCUUGGUCUUGGCGGUGCUGAAAUUUGACAGCGGCAACAGUGAUGCGAGGGCCCCAAAGCAAGAGGAGGUGGGCAAGACGUACUCACUGGAGCUUGCCGCGCUCAAGGUGGGGAACGCGGACUCCCCAUUUUUCCAGAUCAAGCUGAAGUGCGAGGGCAUCUCGGAGUUUCUUGCUUCGUUGGGUCAGGAUAAGCCAGUAGAUGAGCGGCCGGCUUUGCGGAGUACUGCCGCGAGAUUGCUCAGCUGGUUCGGUCGGUAG